GUAAAAAUUAAACCAAGAUAAUUGUUAAGCUACAUCAGUAGAAAUUGUACUAAUGCUGAAAACAAAAGGAGAAAUGUUUUUUCGAUAAAAUCGUACUGUAUUCUUAUCAUUCGUUAAAUUGCUCCAAAGUACACGAAUCAAGGCGCUUAGAUGAAUCAGACAUUCGUCUCUAAGAGACGUCGAGAAAAAAAUUUCACCGUGGAGCUUUAUCUCUUUAGAUAAUAGCGGAUGUAAUGACGAGGGAAGAAAGCGUCUUAUCCGGCAAAAGUGCAAUAUCGUGGGGCGUGCCAGUUUAGUUUAUCAACGCGGUAUCAUUAGUACGAGAUUUCCGGACGUCUAACGAGAGAGUAGCCGGUGUUCGCGACGGCCGAGAGCGCAUCGGGAGAAAUGAUCUCUCGCUCUUCCUCUCGCACUUCUCUUUCUCUCUCCGCCGAUCUUCAUCCCUCUCCUCCUGUCCGUUCCGCGGCGCGGAGGCGCCGACUCACUAGCUAGAGGAACUCGGGCCUCUUCUGCGGAACAUCCCCGGCAGUUUCACGUCGACGGCCAUCCGGUUCGACUCGCGGCCAAGGUCGGCGGUUGCAAGGAGGAGGAUUCUCGUCGAGAAGCCAGUGAGAGGAGAUGGAUUGGCGAGCGAUCAUGAAUGAGACACGUCAUGGCGCGGCACGCUCUCGCGAAUGACCCCGGUUCGCCGAACUCUCGUGAGAUCUCUCCGAGUACCUGAUAUAAUAAUAUGAUAGUGCGAAUUGAUUGGACGAUUGACACUUGUGCCAGGGUGGCGACGUCGAAAUCGGAUGGUUGAAGUUCAUUUCAAGGAGUACAAGAGAAAGAGUGACAAGGAUCAAACAGAACGAAUGACGUCAGCGGACAACACAAUAGAUAAACAAUUUGCAGACUCGCGCGCAUCGAACGGAUUGCGUAACAUCCAGCACGAAGCAUGUCGACCUUAGGAAUAUCCUGUUACGAGGAUGGAUUUCGAUUGGGUGGACCACCAUCGGAAUGCUCCCUCAGGAGCAAGGCGCAGAUCGAUGCACUGUUCGAAGACUCCAGGUCGAUCUGCAGCUCGACGUUGGGCGGGUGGUAUGCCGGAUUGUCGGUCGUGAUCCCGAGUAAUCCCAACGACGCCAACGCCGAGGAGCAGAAGAGGGUGAACAGCGCCGUCCAGGCGCGCAUCGAAGCGAUGUUCGCCUCGGUAGAGGCCGAAAGUGGAACGCCCGGUGAAUGUGCCACCGCAAUUCUGCCGGUAAAAUACAUGGGAGCUGCUCCAGUCGGUGGACGUGUGGCGAGCGUGCGAGGUCUUCAGGAACCUCUUCGUCAACUAUUGGAACGCAUGGAGGGAUGCAUAAGAGCCGAGCUGGAGGUCUCCAGGCGUGGACUGACGUUCCGCACGAGUGACGUUUGUGAGAAGAAUAAUCCUUUUCGCAGAAUAGCGGUAUGGAGCGCCCUGCGGCUCCGAUGCAAGAGAAUACCAUCCGGUGACGUGCAUCAUGCCUUUUUACCUUUAGUUGGCGAUCAAGACCAGGGACAAACGAUGGAAGACAAGCACGCCGAUCUUUAUAGGUGGGCAAUCCUCAUUUACAACGCUCGAGAUAACGAUACGAGCGGAAUUUACGAGAGGCAGUCAAACAAAUACGAGAAGCUGUACAAGCGAAGUAAUUCGAGGAGAGACUUGGCGGAUGUGAAAGAUGACAUUUACGAAAGAAACUACGGAUCGUAUGAUUUAAAUCGAGCGAGUACCGAUUGCGAUCGACAAUUGUACUCCUCCGGAACUGACAGCGUCUUGUAUGAUAAAGUCGAUAAGAUCGGAAGGAACGAGAUGAGUUCCGUUUGCGAGCAAGCCGAGAAAAAGGACAAUAUUUACAGUUCGCGUAUUGAAGAUGCUGACAAGAUCCAUAGUCUCGGGCAAGAAGAUAUUUACACGGGCAAGAAUAGAAAUAAUCAGAAAAAGAAUGGUCAGGAGGACAUUUUCUUCGCGAAGAACUUGAAGAAUAAUGGGCACUAUCAGGAACAUUCGGACGGUGCAAGCCAACAGAGACGUUCGAGAGAUCCGGAAAGGUCUUACUCCGGCAAAAAAGUCAAUCGAGUUAUCACCAUGGAUAAACCUUUGAGAAAAGAGCAAUCGGAUCCUGAUUAUUUGAUGAGUAUACAUGAGAACAAUCGCCCUCGAGUGAGAAGAAGAAGCAGAGCAGGCAGCGAACCACCCGUCAGUCAUUCGGAGAACGCGAAGAGGAUCCUACAGGAGAACACGCUAAAAAGAUCGCAAAGUGACAUAGACGUGGACAGAGGAGAUCUGAUGACAAGGGUUGAACUGCCUAGAAGAGGUAGUUUCCUGACUUCCGGAAGCACUCGGAGAACCAAUAACGUCAAAGGAGGCACUCCGCUCGGAUUCACGGAGUUAUUUGAUGAAUUUAGGAAUCAGGAGGGUUUGACCAGCGUGGAUGACAUUUUGGCAGCUAUUAUAGAUCCAGAAGGUAUGUCGUUUAACGAUCUGAAGCCGCUCUACAAGGAAUUUUUACUGAAACUGGCCGCGACCUUAACGCAAGACGAACUGUAUCAGAGAUCUGCGAGUAUCAUGAGAAGACGACGGAGACCACAAAGACGAAGGUCAAGUCGUCGAUCUUGUUUACUGGGCAGAGCCAUCAAGAGAUCAGUCUCGAGAUUGAAAGGUGGCCCCACGGAAUUUACUUCCGUAAUAUUCCCGGCGAGGAGACUGAACGACAGCUUUGGCAGUAGUUCGUCAUGCGACGUCAGAAAUAAUCAUCGGAAUCGGGUACUGGCGAGUAGAGUCGGUAGGAGAAAGUCUUCCUGGAGGACUAGCAAAAACGGAAUAUGCCACACAACAUCGGAAGACAGCGAUACAUGUAGACGAUUGAGUCGCAGCAUGGGUGCUACCGCAAACCGAAGUAGCAGCGGAUAUGUGAGUUGCAGCGAAUGCAGCUAUGAUUCUGAAUCGUGUACAUGCGUGUCGGCCGACAAGUGUUACUGUUCCUUGUCCAGACGGAUACCGGCUAUAUCAGGAAACACAGUUGUUUGCGCUUGCGACACUGACAGCUGUUCCGAGAGCAAUAAGUGUUAUUGUGCGAGGAAGCCGAUACAACCGACCAUACUCGAGCAACUCAGACAGAAGGGAAUCGUGCCGUCGGAGAGCACGCUCAGCAGAGGAGACAGUCCCGACAGGAUUCGCGGUUCAAGACUGACCGGUAGUCAUAGUUCGCGCAACACUGAUUUCCUCAAGAAUCGAUCGUCACCGGUAUGCGGUAGUUCGGAUAACUUGGCUUUAGAUUACGAUCUCUUCAGCCCAGGAAGGAGAUCUCAGCAGUCGUCCGGUAGCGAAAAGGUCCUCGUAGUCAGCGCUAGAGAUACCCAGGGUCGUUUGGUUUACGUCGGCGGCGCGGAACGAGACAAGAAGUAUUCCUCCCGCGGCAGCGGGAGAUCUGGAGCGCAUCACGAAGCACUCUCCAUCAAAAAAAGCGCAGAGAUAGCCGCGGUUUUCGGUGCGAGCGAGAGCAACCGAAUCUCGAGAAGAGCCAGUAACGCGUCGAGUACAAGAAGUUCAGUCAGUCUCGAAGCUGGCCUGGGCUACUUGCCUUGAUGGAAAUAUCCAAAUUAUCUCCAACGAUGUUCUCGCAUAUUAUUUAAUAUUUAAUAUCAUAAUACACGUGUUCGUGUAACAUCUUGCCAUUCGCGUUAUGAUCGAAAAAGGAUCGUUCACGAACGUAUCGUGAUUCAAUUAGUCGUUUCUUGAUUAAAAAAUAUAUGCAACUACUUACUCGUACCUGUUUCAUCUUGAGAGAUCUUAGCAUGUAAGUUACAGAAAACAAAAAUUAUUUAUAUAUUUUGUUUCAAUUUUAAAAAUCAGCGCUUACUGCAUUUAGCAAUAUAGCGAGCAAUAUAGCGAGCAAUAUAAAAGAUCGAGUUAUAUUUUCUUUCUACGUUGAACCUGAUAGCUUACUAUUUACUAUAAAACGGGGCAGUGCAAUAUGACAAACGCGAUACAAAGAGUCGAAUGUGUUAUAAAAUACCAUUUUUAUGUUCAUGUUUUAGAAAAAUAUUAUACGCUAUACGUGCAUAUUUACAAUAUAAACUUUUGCACUAUGUAUUGCUAAUAAAAUCUUCAUCUAUCUUACGGAA